AUGUCGACGCCGUUGGUUACGCCUUCUAUUGUUUUGACGUCAGUCGCCAACCCCGCUGUGUCUGCUUCUUCGUCUUCUUCUAGGCACGAGGAUUUGGAGAAUGUGUAUCUUGUAGCAUCCACGGAUGCGCCAAAGUUCGCAAAUCAAGAGCCCUCACUAAAUGGUUCGAUACGUCCGAGAGCGCACCCAGGCGAUGUCGGCCCUUCACCAUUUGGCUCAGCAGGGAGCUUCGGGAAGGAGGACGCGCUAUCCCAAUACGCAUCAUUCGAAGGCGGACCAGGCCCAACCGCCAAAGUCCGACGAAAAUACCAUACAGACGAACUAUCGCCCUCCGCGUUCCCAUCGACCGAGGACCUUCUACUUUCAUCCCGCUCACCGGCAGAUUCAGAAUCGAACAUGUACGAGUACGAGUACGACAAAGAGAGUCUGCUCCGUGGCGGCUCCGCCGCGCAGCCGAACGCGCCUUCGAGUUCGAAGAUCAGGGUCCAGCUCUCGCGGCACGCAUCGCCGAUACUCAAAGCCACACGCGCGGUUAUACCCACGCGCAUCCCCAUUCCUAUCCCCGCGCGCCUACGCGCUGUAUCAGACUCCCCCCUCCUCUGGCUGUUCCUGUACUUCUUCCUCAAUCUCUCCCUGACGCUGUAUAAUAAGACCGUUCUCAUACACUUUCCUUUCCCGUACACGCUUACUGCGCUGCACGCGUUUUGUGGGACGAUUGGGACGCGGGUGCUUCUGAGGGUGAACUCUGCACCCGCGCAGAGCUCCUACUCCCACUCCCACUUGACAGGCGCCCGCAUGACUAGCGCAGCCCAGCCUCAAUCAACACCAGUGCCUAAUCUAAAUGGCAGAGAAUAUAUCGUACUAUUGUUAUUCAGCACUCUAUACACCAUCAACAUCGUCGUCAGCAACGCGUCGCUCCGCCUUGUGACUGUGCCUUUCCAUCAAGUCGUGCGCGCUUCGACGCCAUUCUUCACUAUCAUGUUCGCAGCUGCGUUAUUAGGAAAACGCAGUAGCAGGCGAAAACUACUCUCACUUGUACCAGUGGUCAUUGGCGUUGGAUUCGCCACAUACGGGGAUUACUAUUUCACCCCUUUCGGAUUCUUCCUUACCCUCCUCGGAACGGUUCUCGCGUCGCUCAAAACGAUCCUGACGAACGUUAUCCUCGUCAAACCCUCUUCCUCCGGUCUGCCCAUCGCCACCUCCACCUCGGCUUCCACAUCCCCAGUCGACAGCGCACAUGCGGUCCACGACGAAAAACGCGCGCAGGCUCCAUCAUUAAUCUCAUCCGUCUCAUCCAACCUCGUCAAGCGCGUCUUUCCACAAUCCACCACGUCCACAUCCACUAUUAUGAGCAACGGCGACGGCAAUAACAAUAGUAUACACUCAAACACCACACCAACCACACCAGCGCCCCUUACAUACGCAGUGAAAAUGCACUCUAGCACAACAACAACAACAACAUCAUCAUCCGGCACGGGCAUCGCACACGCGCGCGCGCUGCCCAAGCUCUCGCUGAGCCCGAUCCACCUACUAUACCUCCUCUCCCCGCUCGCGUUCGUGCAGACGACGCUGCUGGCGCAUUUUACGGGGGAGCUGGAGAGGGUGAGGUGGCAUUUGUUUGACCCGGCUUUGACGGUCGGGUCGGGGAUGGGUGGGACGGGGAUGCCGGGGGGCAUGGGGAUGGGGAUGGGGGGUAAAGUGCAUGUGAAUGGACGGGUGUGGUUGAUUUUGAAUGGGGUUCUGGCGUUUUUGCUCAAUGUUGUGAGUUUUAAUGCGAAUAAAAGGGUCGGGGCGCUGGGUAUGAGUGUUGCUGCGAAUGUGAAGCAGGUGCUUACUGUCCUCUCGGCGGUUGUUCUCUUUGAUUUGACGAUCACACCCGCGAAUGGACUGGGCAUCUUGCUUACGCUCAUUGGAGGCGCGCUGUAUGCCGCGGUGGAGUUGAAGGAGAAGAGGGAGGGAAGUUUGAAGAGUCGGAUUGGGUGA